AUGGCACCGCCUGGAGAGACUGACGCGCCAAGCUGCAUCGUCGGAAUUCCCCAAGUCGAAAAUGUCAUGACGCCCCCUCGCGGUGAUAAGGACACGGCAAAGCUCCAGGCGUACGCGUCUGUCAUGUCAACGUGGGUCUCGGAUGGUCCGUGGGUCGUCAUGAUCCUCGUCUUGGCGCCAAUUGCGGUGCCGAUGCUUGCGCUCGCUUCUCGUCUCAUCUCGGUGCCGCUACGACCUAUUCAAGUGUGGCAGUCGCUGCCAAAGGUCCGUCUCGUGCUUUGCAGCCUCUUUCUGAUGGCCGAGCUCACGCUGCUCGUGCUCACGUGUCCGUUCACGGCGCAGAUCUGGUUUUGGAGUCUCCUCGAGUUCUCGACGGUCGUCAACUUUGCAGUCUACUUGCUCGACCCGCGCGCAUUGCACGUCACCUCAGCUUUGGACGCGCUGUGCCUACCGUUGCGCCCGUUUGUCGCGGCCCCUUGCGUGAUCAUUGGCUUGCUUCGCGACGUGCCGAGUGCCCAUGUUGUGGCAUUUGCCGCCGCGUCCCUCGGUAUCUCUAUCGAAACGCUCGUGUUUGCGGCAUCUGACGGAUCACACGUGUCGGCGGCGCGCGCAUUUGAUGCCGACCAAGCGCAGGCGGCGGCGACGCGGCGCCUCGCGUGGCCUCGGAUGGCCAUCGCUCUCUUCAUCGCUAUCACAGGCGUAUACAACCAGAUGUUUCUGCACUCGUGGCCAGCUGGUGUCUGGAAUGCAAAACAGGUGUUUGCGCCGGGCAUCAACGGGCUGCUCGCGACGCAUCGGAAUUCCGUGUACAGCAUUACGACCGACAUGUCGAAGAAGCGCUGCGACAACACAACGCGUUCCGGUAAAUUGAUCUUUGCGGUCAGCGUGGCCAUCAAACCGGAACCCAGCAUCGAAGAGGGCCUCCCGCUCGUCGUGUUCGAGUGCCUCGCAAAGCGGAACCACUCGUUCGUGCCAUUUCUCCUCGCCCCUUCGUCAUCAGACGAGAGCUUUGAGACUGCGUUUGCAUACAACGCGUCGAUCGCGCUCGUCGACCGUCAAAAAUCGCUUCUCUUUUCGGUGUCGAUCCAAGGAGAAAAUUGCAGCGACGUCAUCAACUAUGAUUUCAACGCGACCCAAACGUACGCCGCCGUGCCGCCCGCAGCCUACAUUCAGUAUCUGCAAAUCACGUCGUCGGUCCCGACGCUCGGUGUCCUUCAGCUUGCCCUCGCUUGCAAGUACCUCGUGCAACACACGAUGCUCUCGGUGCUCGUGCUUUUUUGUGCACUCCAGAACUGGCGACUCUGGCUGUGCUUUGACGGUAUCUUGGCCCACGGUUUGUAUAUUGCCGACCGCAAGACCGCGGCUCUGAUCGACUUGGCUUUUGGCGACAACCUCAAGGUUUGGUUUCAGCUCCGUCAGAGCGUCCAGACUGCUUGUGUUCACUGCACGUCCUUCACGACCAUUUUUCUCAAAGGCGCUUUGGUGCAAUGCAGCGCGACGAUGCUUGCGAUUCUCUUCUACUGCAUCACGGGCAGCGCGCCGCUGCCAACGUACUUUUUGCUCUUGAUGGGUCUCAUUGGGUCGCUCUCGACCUUGGCCAUGCUCUGGCCGCUCGCUGCCGCCCUCGACAUUCAACGCAAACACGGCCAAACACUCAGCACGCAGCUUUUGGAACUCCAUUUUCGGUGCUUGGACAAGACAAUUAUACCGGAUCACGCCGACGCGUGCAUUGCGCUCUUCGAGUCGAUCAUGGAGAAUGUCGAGCGCUACGAGCACCGCAUGACGUUUUUUGGCUUUGCGAUCACUAUGCCGCGCCUCGCGACGAUGGGAGCCGCCUUGCCGUCGCUCGUGUCGUUCAUCGCAUUCCACGUCGUGCCGUCGACGUGGGCGAGUUUCAACGCGUUCAGCGUCAUGGAGAACGCUACUUACGCUGCAGCAAUCAAUCCAGCCAACAACACGUACUCGGGGUAA